UUCUACUACUGCUGUUCUCCAUCCUUGGACGACCAAUGUUCCCCGCGCUGUGAAUUCUGGGAGCACACUAGUUUCAAGAUGGCGGCGAGCAGGAGGCUGGCUAAGGAACUUGAUGAGAUUCGCAAAUCUGGAAUGAAGAACUUCAGAAACAUCCAAGUUGACGAAUCAAACCUUUUGUCAUGGCAAGGUCUCAUUGUACCAGACAACCCUCCUUAUGACAAAGGUGCAUUCAGGAUUGAAAUCAUUUUCCCGACAGAGUAUCCCUUUAAACCUCCCAAGAUCACAUUCAAGACAAAGAUCUAUCAUCCCAACAUCGAUGAGAAGGGUCAGGUUUGCUUGCCUGUCAUCAGUGCUGAGAACUGGAAGCCUGCCACCAAAACUGACCAAGGUACUUGACAGUGGAGCGUCAUGUAUUUUCUGCAGUCUCUGAGCUCGGCAUUAGAAUUUUACACCCUGGGCAUCAAACCAAAUUCCAGAGCUUGAGUACAUAAAAACGUUCUCUGUAUGAUAGUGCUCAAGUCAUUGUGUUCUUGCUGUGACUUCAAAUGUUUCAUUUUUACACUGCCAUGUUCUUAAGGCCUUGUUUUGAACUUUCAGAUACUUACCAGCCAAGGCAGCAAUAAAGCAGCUGUUCUUGUAUCCCUGUGAGCUAAAAAGGCUCAUUUUCCUCUUUUGGGACUUAGGUUUAAGCAAGAGAGUAAGAAAAAAAAUCUGUGUUCUACCAGAAAAUCUUUUCAACAGUGAAGAAGUUACCAUGUGGAUUCUGAAAAUGUAAAGCAGGUUAAAGUGUUUUCCAUCUAGUUCCUACUGACAACCCUUUUAUUUUUGUAACCACG